AUGGCUAGAAGGUAUGCCCACAUCACCUCUACAAUCUUUUCCUCCUUGUGCUUCUGUUUCUUCCUCCCAACUGUGUAUUCUGAGCUGCCUCAGGAUCAGAAAAGCAUCAUGGUUAGCCUCUAUGAUAUGAUUCACAACAAUACAGGUACUUCUUUUGCAUGGAAUGGGACAAACAGAGGUUCGGACCCAUGUUCAUGGAAGGGAGUUUCUUGCUCUCCAAAUAAUUCUUCCAUAACCAAUAUUUCCCUUCAUUUGUUUUCCAUUUCUAAUCCUGAUACUCUGCCCCUUCUUUGCGGGAUCAAAAGUCUCGAGUCUCUUGAUGUGUCUGGCAACCAGUUGAGCUCCAUUCCGGGUGGGUUCAUCACUGGUUGUGGGGGGAUGAGUGGGUUGAAAGUGUUGAAUUUUAGUAGCAAUUUGUUGGAGGGCCCUUUGUCUAUCUUUAGUGGGUUUGGUGUGUUAGAGUCCCUGGACCUGUCUAUGAAUUCUCUAUCUGGGAAUAUUGAUCUCCAAUUGGAUAGCUUGAGUUCACUCAAGAAUUUGGACCUCAGCUCCAACAAAUUUGGUGGGCAUAUUCCAACCAGUCUGGGAAAAUCCAAUGCUUUGGUGGAGCUUCAGCUCUCUGCUAAUAGCUUUGAUGGUGAAAUCCCUUCUCAGAUUGUGAAAUAUGAGAAUUUGAGUUUGAUUGACCUUAGCCUUAAUAAACUCUCUGGCCCAAUCCCUGAAAGCUUGGGAGAUCUCUCUAGCUUGAAAACUCUGAGUCUCUCUGCUAAUAGGUUGAGUGGUACCAUUCCAAAAACUCUUGGGAAUAUCACAACCUUGUUGCGAUUUUCUGCGAAUCAAAACGGUUUUGUUGGAGAUGUUCCAGCAGGUAUUACUUCCUACCUCAAUAAUUUAGACCUUAGUUAUAAUAGUUUAAGUGGAACAAUCCCUUGGGACCUCUUAUCUCCAUCAAAUUUGCAGUAUGUGGAUUUGUCUAACAAUAAGCUGGAAGGUUCAAUACCUGCAAAUAUGGGAUCAACUCUUGUUAGGCUAAGAUUGGGAAGCAAUAGUCUAGCUGGGCCUAUCCCAUCUAAACCCUUUCAAAGCCUUCAGAAUCUGACCUUCUUGGAGUUGGAAAACAAUCAAUUGAAUGGAAGCAUACCUCUGGAGCUGCUUUCCUGCAAAAAUUUGGCUCUUUUGAAUCUUGCCCACAAUAAGCUGGCCGGUCCUUUGCCUGCAGAUAUCGGGAACCUUAUCAGUCUUCAGGUUCUGAAGCUCGAAAUGAACGGUUUUGUUGGAGGGGUCCCUGAUAGCAUCUCCAAGCUUAAAAUAUUGCAGAGGCUUAAUAUGAGCUGGAAUUCCCUUACUGGUGUAAUACCAGAUUCAAUAUCAACCUUGCAUACUCUUACAAAUUUGGACUUGAGAGAGAAUGGUCUCAAUGGUUCAAUACCAAAUUCGAUUGGUAACUUAAACCUUCUGUUGGAACUCCAACUUGGAAACAACCAGCUUAGUGGGCUAAUUCCAGAAAUGCCAAUGCAGUUGCAAAUUGCACUAAACCUCAGUCACAAUCUCUUCACCGGACCGAUUCCAACCACUCUCACUAGGCUCACUGCAUUGGAGGUUUUAGACCUUUCUAAUAACACGUUUUCGGGUCAGAUUCCAGAAUCAAUGACACGGAUGAGCGGCUUGACACAUCUAAUACUGGCAAACAAUCACCUUUCUGGUGUUGUUCCUGCGUUUCCAAACUACGUGGAGCUUAGUCUAGAAGGAAACCGCCAGCUGAUUUUCCCUCCUCCACCUCCCCAAAACUCUCCAGUUGUAUCAGGAAAGAAGAAAUUAUCUGUGGCUGUUGUGAUUGUUAUAGCAGUUGCAGUUGCUGUUAUUGCUGUUGGGGUGUUUACAUGUAUAGCUCUCUCCGUUUUGAGAAACAUGUACAAGGUACGAGGUUACUGGCUCGUGGAUGAUCAUCAUACCCACCACAAUUCUCAACUCGACUUUAGCAAAGCCAUGGCUGUGACUCGCAGGCCAACCAACACUCUCCUGAGUACUGAGUGGUACACUUAUUACAGGGCUGUGAUGCCCAGUGGGAUUAGCUACUUCAUCAAGAAGAUCAAUUGGAGCAACAAGGCAUUCACACUCCACGACCCCGAAAAGUUUGUGGAAGAACUAACUAGAUUAGCUAGUGUAGCUAAUCCCAAUAUCAUGACCCCUCUUGCCUAUGUUUUAACAUCACACAGCGCAUUCAUAUUCCACGAGUUCCCUGAAUUCGGGUCCCUCUUUCACCUGCUUCACAGUGAUGAUAACAACGUUCUGGACUGGAAAUCCCGGUUCAGCAUUGCACUAGGGAUUUCCAGAGGCCUAAAUUUCUUGCAUGGAAAUGGUUCUGAAGAUGAUGCCCCGAGAAUCCUCCUCAACUUGUCGACGAGAAGUAUCAUGAUGAAAUCACUGUCUGAGCCAAUUAUCGGAGAUUUUGAGCUCAGUAAUUUGAUAAGACCAUCACACAACAAGAGAACCCCUUCAGUAGUUGCUGCUGCUGUGGGAUUUGUCCCUCCAGAGUAUGCAUACACGAUGAGGGUGACAACAUCGGGCAACAUUUAUAGCUUCGGAGUGAUCAUGCUAGAGUUGUUGACAGGAAAACAAGCUGUAUAUGAAGGGAUAGAGUUAGCCAGCUGGGUAACUAGCAGGUCGGACCAACCCGAAAAUUUGGAAGAAAUUAUUGACAGGCGAGUGGGCGAAACAUCCAUGGAGGUUCAAGAUCAGAUGGUAGCCUCACUGAGGAUUGCAUUGAGAUGCAUUAGCACAUCUCCUAGUAAAAGGCCUGAUGCUGAAGCAUUACUUCAAAUGCUGCUUGAUUUGGCUAAGUACCGAAAAUCGAAGGACCUUAGGCGCUACCUUGGCCUUCCUUCGGUUUUAGGAAGGUACAAAAGUGCUACUUUUCGUUAUAUCGAGGAACGAAUUCGGGAGAGAAUAGGAUCGUGGCAAAACAAGCUGCUUUCCAAGGCCGGUAAAGAGGUAUUGCUAAAGAGCAUAGCACAAUCUCUUCCUAUUUUUACUAUGUCAUCCACCGAUUCAUGUCUGCGACACUAUCGAGAAGCUUUUCAAUCGUUAUUGGUGGGGGGUGGUGGAGGAGGCAGCAGGGGGAUACACUGGUUGAGCUGGAAACGGCUUUGUGAACCAAAGUGUAAGGGUGGGCUAGGUUUCAAGUGUAUUCAUGAGUUUAAUAAGGCGCACUUGCAAAACAGUGGGGCAAGAGGUUUUAAAGAUGGGGUGGCUCGAAGGAUAGGGAAUGGCGAGGACACUAGGAUAUGGGGCUGGGGUUGGCUAUCAAAUUCAACAGGCACUUGUCUAACAACCCCAUGUAUUGAAGAACUCAAGGAAGCUAAGGUAAAGGACUCAUGGCGGUGGAUGGGUGACACACGAGGAUGCUAUACGGUGAAACAUGGCUAUAGGUUGCUCACGGCUAGCUCAACAAGGGAGAAUAAUGACGCCAUGUUUAAGGCGUGGAGGUUCUGUGGUCUUUGCCGAUUCCACCCAAAGUGA